AUGGGAAACACAAAUUCCUCUGUCAUUCCCACUCCCACAAAGACCUCUUUCGAUGACAAGGACGAGAUGUUGGAGCUCGCAGACCCUUUGUCGGCGAUGCACAUUGCACAACCACUUUCCUCCGACGGAUCUCUCACCUUGGGUCACAUAGCGUCUUGGGAAGCAUCGUCAAGCACAGAUCCCAAGAUUCGUCUUGCCCGGACGAUCUUCUCGCAGUCUGACAUUCGCUCUGUACUGAGUUCUCGCUCUGCUCGCAUCGCCGAUCAGCACAUCUUCAAUCACGUCUUGGACUUUAAGACAGGGCCUAUAACGAACCAGAAGAGCAGUGGACGGUGCUGGCUCUUUGCUACGACCAAUGUUAUUAGGUACGGUAUCAUGAAACGCCUCAAGUUGAAGGACUUCCAGCUCUCUCAGUCAUAUCUAUUCUUCUGGGACAAGCUAAACAAGUCUAACUACUACCUCGAGCUUAUGAUUGAGCAUGCAGAGUUGCCCAUCGACGACCGCCUGAUCACCCACUUAUCGGGCGACCUCAUUAGCGACGGUGGCCAAUGGGACAUGGUAGUCAAUCUGAUCGAAACAUACGGCCUCGUCCCGCAAUCUGCUUACCCCGAAUCGACUCACUCCUCCCUUUCUGGCCCUCUCAAUGCACUUUUGAAGACGAAGCUCCGUGAGCACGCGCUCAUUUUGCGCACCUUGGCCGACACUUUGCGAAGCGCCCACGUUCGUGAAGAGACGGUUAUGGCUACCCUUCGUGCGAAGAAGGAGGAGCUGAUGAAGGAAGUGUACAAUAUCAUGACCGCGACGCUCGGUGUACCGCCCAACCCGAACAAGAGGUUCGUUUGGGAAUAUAUAGAUGCCGAAGAAAAGGUUGGGCGCUGGGAAGGAUCGCCGAAGGACUUUUUCGAACAAUUUGCCACUAAGCCUUUCUCGCCUGUGGACUCGUUCUCGCUCAUUAAUGACCCUCGUAAUGAGUAUUCGAAGCUCUACACCGUUGACAAGCUCGGAAAUAUCUGGGGCGGCCGUCCUAUUCUCUAUGUUAACACUGAAAUCGAGAACAUGAAAGCCACCGUCGUCAGGAUGAUCAAAGCCGGCCAACCUGUGUUCUUUGGUUGUGAUGUUGGUAAAUUCUCGGACAGGGAUGCAGGCGUGAUGGACACAGCUUUCUUCGAAUAUGAAAAUGCCUUUGACAUCAAACUCGGAUUGAACAAAGCUGAUCGCCUCCAGAUUUGUGAAUCGGCUAUGACGCACGCUAUGGUCAUCUCAGGUGUACAUCUCGACCCCUCUGGCAAGCCUGUUCGUUACAAGGUUGAGAACUCCUGGGGUGAGACCGCCGGCAAGGAUGGGUACUUUGUCAUGACCGACGCGUGGUUCGAGCAAUAUGUGUAUCAGGUUGUUGUACCUAAAGCGCUUGCACCCAAGGACCUCGUUGCAGUCUUCGAGUCGGGCAACAAGAUCGUUUUGCCCGCUUGGGAUCCCAUGGGCGCAUUGGCUUAA